AUGGGAAUCUUCAACACGGUAUUCCAGAUCGCCUGCGCCCUCACCUCGAUAUGUUUGAAUCUCGUUUUGACCUACCUGAUUCUGGUGAAAAGUCCGAAGAAGCUCGGAGUCUACAAGUAUUUGAUGUGCUAUAUUUCGCUGUUCGAGGUGUUUUACUCCAUUUGGGAUAUGAUGACGGAGCCGAUCGUCCAUUCCUACAAAGCCGCAUUCGUCGUCCUCCGUGACUACUACGGUUCCGUUUUCAAUCGAGAAGUCAGUUUCGUCUUGGUUUGUGUCUACUGUGGCCUAUUCGGUUUCUCCAUGGCUAUCUUCGGAGUCCACUUUAUCUACAGAUACGGUGCAGUUAAUAAAUCUUUCUCGGAGCGUUUUCUCCCGGGAAACUGGGUAUACAUGCUGUUCGUGAUUCCAUUGUGGUAUGGAGCCUGGUGGGCGGUGCUGUGUUAUAUCUACUUUUAUUAUACCGAUAUAACGGAUGCAUAUAUGAAGUAG